GGUGAUCGAGAAGCCCAGAGACUUCAAAAACAGUAGAAGCAGGAUUCAGGCUACACACCUGUACAGGGUUAAACAAACAGUCACGGAAAAGAAACCCAGUUUGAAUUGGCAAACAUGACACCCGAUCCGUGGAUCAUCACACCGGGAGGCAAGAUGCCAGUCCAGAUACCGGACGACACCGAUUUCUUAUCGUUCAGAGAUCAAUGUGAAAGUCAGGACGGAUGGGUCGCCCGGUAUAAUAAAAGUGGAGUGACGGUGUGGUGUCGAGGCGAGGAGUCCAAAACUGUACAGAAACUCAAGAUGAGAAUUGUUUGCAAGGAUGUGACAGCGGAGACACUUUACGACGUCUUGCACGACACAAGCUACCGGAAAAAAUGGGACAGCAACAUGAUCGACACUUUUGAUAUCGGAAGACUGACAGUUAAUGCAGAUGUAGGAUAUUAUUCCUGGAGAUGUCCACAUCCACUGAAGAACAGAGACUUUGUCACUAUGCGCUCAUGGCUUCCUCUUGGCAAUGACUAUCUGAUCAUCAACUACUCCGUCAAACACCCGGAAUACCCACCGAAGAAGGAUUAUGUCAGAGCUGUGUCAUUACUUACUGGAUACUUGAUCCAAAACAAUGGAGCAAACAGCUGUACUCUCUAUUACUUAACGCAAGUGGAUCCACGAGGGUCUUUACCGAAGUGGGUGGUGAAUAGGGUCUCGCAGUUUGUGGCACCAAAGGCCAUGAAAAAGAUUUACAAAGCCUGCCUUAAAUAUCCUGAAUGGAAACGGAAACAUGACCCAAAUCUAAAGCCUUGGAGGUACCCAGAGCAAAACACUCUACCCUCCAUCAGUGUGGCCGAUCUGACGGUCCAAAGAGCGGAUUCACUGGAAAACAUUGAUGAGAGCGCUGUGAGUGAGGAGAAAGCCCAGCACCAUAGUGAUGAUGAUGAGACCUAAGAUUAUUCACAAUGACUCUCUCUCGGGUUGUGUGUGUAUAUAACAGUGAGUUUGUACCACUAUCUGUUGAGAAUGGUCCCUUACAUUCAUUCAUCAUCUUACAUGGAUUGAACAAAAAUAAUGGAUUGAACAAAAUAACGUAAUAUUGUUUUGCCGAGAUUAUGGCAUUAAAGAUCUUCACUCUGUGUCCAUACACUAAAGAAGAGUCUUACUGUAUUAGAUGUGUUUAAUAAAUGUGAGCUUGUCUGUAAAAAACAGGCUAAAGUCUUAUUAUAAAUUAUAAUUAUAAAAUUAGACCUUAUUCAUGACCUUACACAAUCAAUUUUAAAGACAAAAUGGAACAUAAUUUUUGACAAAAUGGUCUUUAUAUGUAUGAUGAUUUUAUGUAAUAAACAUUAAAUCACAAAAAAUGACUUUAGUUAGGUUUUCACAGGCAGGGUCACAAAUAAAACUUAAAGCUUUAUGAUAUAUGAUUUAAUCAUUCAGCAUAAAAAGUUCCACAGUAUCAAUAAAUAUAUUUGCUUCUUCAAAUAAAA